CUGAACAGGAAGAAUCGGUGUUUACAGUGAGGGCGCAGGAAGCAGAAUAUCGUGCGUGGCCAAUUUCCCAAUUUGAGUUUAUCCGCCAAAAACGACUGAAAAAACGAAACCAUUGUUUUCGAGAUUACAAUGGACGCAUUCGCAAAAACGAAAACCCAAGUGCCGUGAGUCAAGGUAUUUUCAUGCCUGGACGUCGACGGUGCUGUACCCUUAGCAAUGUUGCAAUUGCAGGGAUAACUAGCUAGCUAGCAGUGCUAGCCAGCGUUAGCCUCUCAUUCCUUGCCAAGUGACACCGUUUAACAGACCGCAUUCUUUCUUUUGGCUAGCCAUGGGUGCAGAGAAUAGUGCCCUGCGGAGCGUUGUCCUAGAGGAGCCGUUGCUGACACUUCCCUCUGGGAUCACCAUGUACUCCGCCUUGCUCCAGGACGGCAAGCCCGCCUCGGUGUUUGUUCAUAAGCAAGGCAACGAAGACAAAGUGAAAAAGGCUGCAAAGCAUCUGAAGACUUUGCGGCACCCGUGUCUUCUGCGCUUCCUGUCAUGUUCGGUGCAGGGUGGAGGUGUGCACCUGGUGACGGAGCGUGUGCAGCCCCUGGAGCUGCUGCUGGAGGAGCUGAGCCCUGAAGAGAUCUGCGCAGGCGUCUUUGACCUGCUGCAGGCACUGGUGUUUUUGCAUGACCGGGGCAAAUCGAGCCACAACAACGUGUGUGUCUCCUCCGUUUUUGUGAGUGAGGAUGGCCACUGGAAGCUGGGAGGCAUGGAGACGGUGUGCAAGUUCUCUGAGGCCACACCAGAGUUUCUCAGCAGUAUCCAGGCAGUGCGAGAAAGCAGUGCUGUUCCCCCUGAGGAGAAGGUGGAGGGUUCCAAAGCCCUGCCGGACCAGUGUGCUCACUCCCGCGACGUCUUCUCUUUCGGGGUCAUGCUGGAGACCCUACUCCCGCUGCUUAGUGGAUACGGCUCUCAGGAGCUGUCUGAGAGCCUGAAGUGCACGCUGCAGGCCAGCCUGCUGACCUCUGACCCCGAGCAGCGUCCUCCUCUCAGUUCGCUGCUCAAUCACGAGUUUUUCAGGAAUGACUUCCUGGAGAUCAUGAAUUUUCUGAAGAGCCUGACCUUGAAAACUGAAGAAGAGAAAAAUGAGUUUUUCAAGUUCCUACUGGACCGUGUGCAGAGUCUCCCUCAGGAGUUGCUGGCAUCACGCUUGGUUCCACAGCUUCUGAACUCUAUGGUGUUUGCUGAGCCCACGGCUAUCAAGAGCUUCCUGCCACACCUGCUGCGACCCAAGAGCGAUUCUGUAGACAGUGAAGAAUGUCUGCUGUCGGACGCUCUGUACAACAAGCAUGUGAUUCCUCAGCUGCUGAAGCUGUUCAAGGUCAACGAGGAACACGUGAGGAUGGUGCUGCUCUCACACAUCCACAUCUACGCUCCCUACUUCUCCCAUGACGAACUGAAGAACCACAUCCUACCUCAGGUUUUGUUGGGAAUGAGAGACACCAACGACUCACUGGUUGCCAUGACACUGCAGAGCUUGGCUGUUCUGGUCCCGCUGCUGGGUGCGCAGGUGGUGGUUGGCGGGGAGAGGACCAAGGUGUUCAAACGAAACACACCCAAUUUCAGCAAGUCCACAGAGGUCACCCCUGAGACCUCUCCUGUCCAUAUUGUGGCCCUAGUGCCGCCUCAGCUCUCGCAGCCCUCCAAGGUCCCCAGCCUCUUCCCCAAACACGGCUCCCCGGCGGGGACCCUGCUCAUGCAGCAGAUGAACUCCCUCCAGACCACCAGAGACUCCAAACUCCCCACUGCACCUGAGCCAGCUCUUAGCAGAGCGAUGGCUUUACCUCUGAACGGGUACAGCGAGCUGAGGGAGAGGGAGAAGGUGCAGGAGAGAGCAGGAGGGGCUCCCGGCCGAACGGAGGGAUCGCCAGAGGACUGGCCCGACUGGAGCGACACAGAGGAGGCGGAGAGGAAGCCCAAUCAGCCAGUGCAGAUCCAGAUCCGAGCCGCCGCCGCUGAUGACAGCCCGGAGGAGCCAAUCAGUAGGGGCAAACGGCAGGAAGAGGAGGAACCCUGGGAUGAUUUUGAGGAGGAGGAAGUGACGUCGGAUCAGUCGCCCACCACGCCUUUACCAGUGCCAAGGGAGGCAGCUGUGAGCAGCCAACAGUCAGGGACUGGCAAGGGCUCCAAAGCACUGAAGUUGGGCUCUGCCACCAGGGCCACGCUGCUUCUGCCUAGCAGAGAUGCAUCAUGGGAUACGAGUUGGGAGCAGACGGAUGAAACCUCCUCGAAAGCGGCCGAGCCUAAUGCCAAAGCCCUCGAUACACACAAGCCAAAGGGUGGUGGUGGAGGGCUGGGCGAAGAAUUCACCAUCAUGGUGAAGAAGAAGCCUGAAAAUGAUCCAGAGCUGGACUUCUUUGCUGACAUGGAGCCAGAUAUUAAGCUGUCAUCCACAGCAACCUCCCUGCUGCUGCCCGCUGUGGGCUUGGGGAAUGCCGGUCACAGUUUGGCUACAGACGCCUCGCCAGCUGUGUCUGACCUUCCGGAUACGAAGCUGUCUGCCAACGUUCUCUCACUCACUGCCAAAUUUGCCGCAGAAGACCUAAGUGAGGCGGACGCUGAGGGCUGGGGAGAUGGCGACGACAUCAACUGGGAGGAUGAGAAUGCCUGGUGAUGAACUGCGACCUCUAGAGCAAAGCCAUACAGGAGAGAAAGAGAGCAGGCAGUAGAGGAGAGAGGCCUGCCCUCCAGCCGCCAACCAGAGAGCCAGGCCCUACAGGGGUCACCUCGCUCAUGAGAUGAUGAACCUAGGACCGUUACAAUCAAGUGUGAGAGGACAUGAUCAUUGCUUUUUCAGUUUCUGAAAUCUAUUUUGUUAUUUUUCUUUUGUGAAGUUCAACUCUCAUUGUCUCUGAUGAAGAUGUGACCGAGAAUGCGUCUAGCCUUUUUUUCUUUUCUUGGGGGGCUCGUACUGGAAUGGACAGACAUUUUCUUUUGUAGCUGUGUGUCAGCCAGUCUGACCACUAUCGGAUCCCUUUUGUAGAGCGUCUGCCAAAGUCGCAGUAGGAACCGAAUCCACGAUGAAUCUUUGGAGAGGUCCUAACAAAGAGCAGUUCCUGUAUAGACCACUGGAUCCCUCUGCUUUUGUUGUGCCAUGAAGCCCUGCGCUCAAGCCAUGACGGUGAGCCUUACGAGCCAGGACCACAGCGUCCACACCGGAAGAGAUUACAGUUAAGAGUUUUAUCGAGCAUUUGUGUGUGUGUGUCAGGUUUGCAGGGUUCGGGGUGAGAAGAGAGUGUUUACAUGCGUGCGAGUGUGAGAAACGAAAGAUGGGACAUAUAUAAUUUAUUUGUAUUUUUGGCUGGAUGGGAAAAUAAAAUAGUUUUAUGGUA